ACUACACACACACAUGUUUUCCACCAGAGUUGAAAGGUAUUCGUGGCCUAAUUCUUGCAAUUGGGGUGCGCCCUUUUCCGAUGUGAUUUUGUCAAACCCAUUGCCGCGAACGGCUGUAGAAUAAAUGUUGCGCCUAUGCUCUGGAGCCAGGGCUUUCAUAGCUUUGGUCCCCUCAGUCUUUUAGAGCAUGUGACUGCUUUGGUCUAUGUUCCUUCUUCCAGACAUUUUUUUUGUUCAAGCAUUUGGCCCCACACACCAGCCGUUACUCUAGACAGGGAUGCGGUAGGUAGGGAUAGACGGUGGACAUGUAACUCGCCCAGGCUGGGUGCUUGGCUUGCCCACGCUCGGUGGGUCGAAAGGCGAUGGAGGCCGGCGUUUCGUUUCCAAACGGCCAAGGCCAAAGGGCCAAACUCAGAACCACUCGUUUGUGCAGGUUCUGUCCAUCAACGGUUCUGUUCUCAAAGUGAGUUUCUCGAGUGCUUGGGCUGCUCGGCCGAUGCUUUUGGCCUCUGAGGUCUCCAGUGCCGAUGCCCUCCAAGCCCGCAUCCGCGCACUGUGCGCCAGCGGCCGAGCGGAGCUCGUGCAGGAGGUGCCUCCAGAUGCCUGGCGUUGCAAGACCCUGGUGGUGAGCACCCAAGCGCUGGAAGGAGCGGAGAAGGACGCAGGGGCACAGACGGCGGUCCUGGUGGUGUUGCGCUUGGAGCAGCGGCUGAGCCUGCCGAAGCUCAAGCAGUUGCUCAAGCCGCAGAGGCUGAAGAUCUUGGGCUUGGCCUCGCCACGCGAGGCGGAGGACGUGAUCGGCUGCAGUAUGGGCCUGGUGCCUCCGGUCUGCAUCGAGCCGGCGCGCCGCGUGAUUUUGGACACGCACCUCUUCCAGGCAGGCACCAGUCCCGCAGCGGGUCCGCGCCUCGUGCUGGGCGCGGCGGACGAGGAGAUGCACUUGGCCAUGUCGCCACGGGAGCUGCUCCUGGAGACCGAGGCCUGCAUCGCUGAGAUCUCGGACAGUGGGCCAGACACGGCUUUACCCGAGUUCCCCCUCCGAGCGGGGCGAGGCAACGUCGUGCACGUGGUGGCCCUGGUGGCCGCAGUGCGCCGCCUCUCUCGGCAGCUGCUCUUCGCCGAUCUGCUGCCCGCGGGUUCGCCCAAGGACGGCGAGCGGAGCGUGUGGCUCUCGCCCGACGGCUCCGGGAAGCUGGUCCGGCUCCAGUUGCUGCUGGGCCGCUCCUUGGCCGAACGCCUCGGCGGCGACGGCCUGAGCGCGGUGGUGAAGCGCCUCCGCCCCAUGCAGCUGGUCUAUGUGGCCGGACGCUUGCAGUUAGAGGAGCCGGGGGAGCAGUGUGGCAAGGCCACUCCUGCAGCGCCCACGGAGGUGCGGAAGAUCCGCGAGGCACAGCUGAGCAAUGGCAUUGUGGACAUGGUGGCAGAGCAGAUUCGUAUUUUGGAGGAGGUCCAUUUGCCUUCUGAGCUAUCGGGCUCGGCACGACAGGUUGGCGUCAAGAAGGAGCUCCCACCGACUGCGCACGCACCGGACAGCGGACUGCCCACGCUGCCACUGGCGCUGCCACAGCGGGCAGUGCACGUGGUGACCGACCUGCAGGGCGUGGAGUUGCUGGAGAACGUGCUGCGUGAGAGGCUCUCAGGCUCAGGGGAUGUGGACCCGCACGACGGUAUGGCAUCCAAAGAGUCCACGGUCUUCACGCCCUUGCUGCCAGUGAUGGGAGUGGAUGCGGAGUGGCAGCCGCGCACCUCCCACGGCCUUGCGCUCUUCCAGAUGGCCUUCCGACGAUCGGUGUUCUUGCUGGACAUGGUGGCGUUGACCCGCCAGGAUCCACUCCGAGGACGCGUGGCAGAACUGAUCAAGGAGGCUCUUGAGGCAGAGCACUUGUACAAGGUGGGCUUCAACUUGGAGGUGGACCUGCAACGGCUCCACGCCGUACUGCCAGAGACCUCGUGCGCUGUGAACCUCAUUGACUUGAGGGACUUGCACGCGGUGGCCCUGCCGAACGCGCCUUCCAAGCCGCUGAGCUUGACGGGCAUGGUCAAGGAGGUCUUUGGGCUGCCUUUGGACAAGACCUGCCAGGUCUCUGACUGGCAAAAGCGUCCAUUGACUCCAGAGCAGCUGGACUAUGCCGCGCAGGAUGCGCAUGUGUGCGUGCGCCUCUUUGAUUCGCUUUGCUAUAACCAUGCGACGGUCGCCACGCAAGUCCUGCAGCCGGUGCUGAGAGGCAUGGUGAGGACAUGGCCGCGAGAAAAAGAGCCGGCCAUCGUGCGGACGGCGGACAGAAGGGCCACCGAGUGGGACUCGGUGCAGCAGGGGGCCCAGCUCCAACUCGUGCCCAAGGAGGGGAAAGGUGCAGGGCGAAAUGGCAAGGGCAAGAGUAAGGGACGCCAGUGGCGACCAAGCGCAGAGGUGGCUCAGCGUCACGUGGGCCACUGGCGAUUCCUGGCCAAAGCGGAGGGCGACUUCAGGAUUGUGCUCUCAGACCGUGGCACCCUUCUAUUCCAGCUGGGCCCGGCGGAAGGCACUCUCCUACCACAGGAAAAGCGCUGGCUCCAAUGUGAACUACGGGGUCCCGAUGGUGAGGCGGCGGGUGCUGCCCGUGUGCGCUUCAGUGAGAAGUCUGAGAGCAUGAUGUACGCCUUCAGCAGCGAGGAUGUCUUUGGCGACGCCACGGCCGCCUAUCGGGUCCUGACACCACGGGAGGCGGAGCAGGUCUCUUGCGAGGAGGCCAUCAGCCUCUCUAACAAGGCAGCCAGGCUCUUGGAGAGGGGCCUGGCCAGCUGGGAGCCGCAGGGGUACAUUUACAUGAAGAAGCGCAAGGACUUUGGCCGAUACUGUAAUUUCGAUACAGUGGAGGCCAAGAUCCUUGGGCAAGUGGAGAAGCAACCAUCAUGCGGCGACAUGUAUGUGGAGCAAACCAUCAUCAAUGCCGUCUUUCACAACAUCCCGGAGUUUUCUGAGCACUCGGUGAACACGGCCAGGGUGAAGACCCACGCGCGGGUGAUGACCCAUGUGGAGGGUGGAUGGCCAAAGGAGAUCGACUACAGUGAAGCGCAGGAUACGCUCAAGUACCGCAAGCGCCUGGAGAAGGAUCCGGCCUACAUUAGUGCGGUGAGGCAACUGACGAAGCAGACCAUUCCGUGCUUGGAGAUGAACAACACCAUCGAUCUCUUUGAGAUUUAUUUCCAAGAUGAGGAGCCUGACCACAUGCCGGAGAUUCUCAACUUGAAGACCAUCGCCCUUUUCAAGGACCCCUCCGAUGAAGCUCGGAGUGUGACCAAGAUCGGGUGGCACCCGGAGGGGCCAACCAAGCUGGUCGGGUCCUACUCGAAUCUCCGAUUCCAGCGGAUGUCGGAAGACAUGCCGAUGGCCUCCUUCAUUUGGGACAUUAGCGAGCGAAACGUGCCGCUGAUGGAGUUGCGAGCCACCUCCCCACUGAUCUGCUGCCAGUACAAUCAGAAGAAUCCCGAUUGGCUGCUUGGAGGAAGCUACAGUGGCUUGAUCAACCACUACGAUCUCCGGAAAGGCCCGUCCCCGUGCAUGAAGUCCUCUGUCGAAGUGGGCCACUACGAUCCAGUCUACGAUGUGGUCUGGCUGCAGAGCAAGACUGGCACCGAGUGCGCCUCCGUCUCCUCGGACGGCCGCUUGCUCUUCUGGGACGUCCGGAAGCUCAACGAGGUGUCAGAUGAGUGUGUGCUGACCGAUGGCAACAAAGAGAGCCCCAAGACCUUAGGUGGAGUGUCUUUGGAGUGGAUGCAAGAAGCCGGUCCUACCAAGUUCCUGGUGGGCUCCGAGCAUGGUAUCAUUCUCUCCUGCACCAAGCGCCCCAAGAAACAGGUGGAGAUCGGCACCUGGUUCGGCUCCGAAGACCGGGGCGGCUACGGGAAGCACUUCGGCCCCGUGUACUCCGUGAAGCGAAACCCCUUCCACGUGAAGUUCUUCCUCUCCGUGGGCGAUUGGUGCGGGAAGAUGUGGAUGGAGGAGCUCAAAGGUCCGAUGCUUCAGACGCCCUACUACCCUGCCUUCAUCAGCGCGGCAGCAUGGAGUCCGACGCGUGCGGGCGUCUUCUUCUUGGCCCGGCAGGAUGGGCGUUUGGAUGUGUGGGACUACUUCUACCGCAUGAACGAGGUGGCGCUCACACAGCAGGUCUCGGACCGGGCGUUGACCUCCUUGAAUGUUCAGUCUCACGGCCGUUUGGCUGCUGUUGGAGAUGCAGGAGGCGUCAUCACCCUGCUGCAGCUUUGCGAUGGCUUAGUAGAGCCAGGGCCCAAUGAGAAAAACGCGAUUGGCUGGAUGUUCGACCGGGAGACCAAGAGAGAGAAGGCCUUGGAUCAGAUCAAGAAGCAAGGUGGAGGACCCAAGAAGGAUGACAAGGAGGGGGCCACUGGAACCAGCAUUGACAAGACCAAGUACCAAGAGCGUGAGAAGGCCUUCUUCACCGAGCUCAACAUGACGGGUGAUGACUUAGGCACCACCCUGCCAGCUCGUUAA